CAGACUUGGCAGUUGAUGAUACUCAACCCCUAUUCAAAUCUAUGCUGGCCGAAUGUGGUGAGAGACGCCCAGCCUUAGGCAAUUUCAACUCACCGGCUGUAACCCAUGGACCAUUGCCACUCCCAGGAGAGUCAGAGCAAAACUCUGCCCUGACUCCCCCCCCUCCCCCCUCCCAACCAAGCCUCACGCCUCACCGGUGGGCCCCUGUACUCGCCUCAGCAUCAUCAUCAACAACAACAUCAUCACCCUAACCGCCAUCAACAUGGCGAAUUCGAUGCUCUUUUCGGUAUGAUUUCAUCACACACAGAC